CGAAAAUGAUAUAUCUUUUGAAUUUUCCAAAUCAUAAGCUUCAGGUAAACCACUUCAUCAUUAUCUAACCGAUCCCUUGUAGUUGUGGUAAAAUUACUGCUGCCCAUACCACAAAAUGACAGUUUUUCGAACGUUGACAUCCCCUACAACCAAUGUGUGGUAUCUUGCAUACGGCUCAAACUUAAGCUCUACUAAGUUCACCCACGACCGCGGCAUAGUCCCUAUAUCUAUAAGGCUUGUGACAGUCCCGGGAUGGACAUUGUCAUUAGAUAGUGCUGGGGUGCCAUACUCGGAGCCUGCUUUUGCAAGCAUAUCACCAGUCGAUCGGUCAGAGAACGAGAAAUAUGACCAGCUGGUUGGGACAGCAUAUGAGCUUACCCCCGGCAUGUAUACUGAGGUCCUAGCAUCAGAGGGUGGAGGGAUCGCAUAUGCAGAAAUCGAAGUAAGGGCGCAGGUGCUGUAUGACGAUAAUACGGAGCCUCCUCAAGGAACUAUCGCUAUCUUGGCCACAAGAUCUCUAAUAACGUUGCUAAGAAGAGAAGCUAGGCCAAGUAUUCGGUAUAUGGGUCUCCUCCGUGAGGGUGCUGCUGAAUCUUGCAUGCCUAUCUCGUACCAAAAGUUUUUAGCUCAAUUACCAGUAUAUCAUCCACCUAGAAAACCUUUCUGUCGAGUUGGGGCUGCUAUAUUCCUCGCUUUCUGGGUGCCGGUUAUGUCAAUAAUGGAGAGAGUUACAAAAGCGAGUUUGAAAAAUAGAAAGACAGGAACUGCUCCAGAUUGGGUAAUCAUAAUGGUGAGAGCCGUGGUAUGGGCAAUGUGGUCAUAUCAUGAUUUUGUGCACGCUCCCAUUUGGGGAAGAGGGGACGGGAUGGGCAGCGCGUGAAUGUAUGUUACGCAUCUUUACAGCUGUUGGUGUGGAUAUUAUAUCGUGUAGAUAUUCUAAAUGAUAUAAGUCUGAAGGUGAUGUAAAGGGUCAAGAAUUACGAUGAAGUAUUCUAUCAAACUUGGAAUAUAGGGAAGGAUAAAGAGGCAUGUUCCAGAUGCCUAUAUAAUGCGCGCCUCCGUUAUGAUGACAUAUGUAUACAGAACUCAGACUGAAAUACCUUGGGAAUAAGAGGCAUAAUCUCUCGUUUUACUGUUGGAAACAUGCAAAGUAAUCGGACU